AUGAAUAAUCCUCCUAAUGUUCCUAUUCCCACUCUAUCAUCUCCUCUCACUAAACGAAACACAUUCCUACUUUUAGACUGGCUUCACAAUUUACGGGCAUUGGGUGUUAGUUUACCAGAAAGGAAAGGAGUUGGGGCUACUGCCCCUGAUAUGUCAGAGUUUGAGACACUGGAGGAUGGUGUUGUUGUUCCCCUAGGACACCCCAAAAAGCAGCAGACUUCAAAGGAUGUGCUAUGUUGUUCAUGUCAAUUUCAAUUUCAACAAGUAACAUUUCAUGUCGUCUAUUGGAAAUGGAGAAAUUGUGCACGUUGCAGAGUUCCUUGGCAUAUUGAAGGUGGUAAACUAAGACCUAGGCUAAAAUAUCGCGAAUUACAAGAAGGGAUUUCUGUGAAAUCAGGUUUAAAAGACAUUAUGGUUCAUCCUGAUGAUGUUCUUGGACCUUCUGUCCCUGGGCCCAUUUUCCUCCUUGUAGAUUGUCCUACAUUAUCACAUAUUUCAUGGAGUAGAGCACAUUAUUGUAGGGCAGGACAUCAAAUGACAUAUUUUGAUUCAAAUGACACUGGAUACACAACCAUUGGAAUUGUUGAGGAAUUAAGGAUGAGGACGAAAGUACCCUCUACAUCACUGAAAGUAUGCACCCCUGAACAAAUUCUUGAAGAUUUCUUUCCCCUUCAUCUUGAUUAUUAUGAUAGAAGUAAGGCAAGUACAUCAAUACAAGAGGUAGUUUUACCCUUUGUGCUUAUUGGACUUGCUGAUAUUAAUAAAGCCAAAUCAAUCACAGUCAAAGAGGUGAACAGGAGAUACAAGAGAUUAGAAAUCGAUCUUGAUGGUGUGUCGUACAUAUUGACUUUUGAUCACAUUCACUCUUUUGUUCAUCAUUAUACUUCCUACCUGAUAUCCUCAUUGAUGUUCUUUCUGAAGCUAAGAAAAUAACUGAUUCAUGUAUGGCUGCAAAGGGUUGAUGAAAGCGAAUAACUCUGGAAUUAGAAGAGGAAAAGAAAGCUCAAGCUAAAAGAGAUAAGAUGCUAUAAAUGCAAGUGUUGCAUUCUUCAUUUAAAUUGUUAGUAUGAAACACAGUAGAUUAGA